AUGAAUGGACGCAAAUUGCGCUGGAGACGAGCUCUCUCUAGAGGACUGGAUCACCUUGUAGAAGAUCAAGUCCUUCUUGGAGAAGCUGAAGAUGACGACCAAAGCUCUCGAGUCAUCAUUUGCAACACUCGACAAUGUCCUCUUGGCGAUGGACUUCGUAUUGGCACAAUUCGAAGCCGGCAAGGAUGCAGCUAUCGACGAUGUGGUGAUGACACUGAUGUAUAA